AAGAAUUUUUUGUCUAAAUACUAUAUCGUUAAAUAAUUUUAUAAUAUUUGGUGAAAAUUUAUUUUAUAUUACUCAGUUGACAGAAAAAAAGUGGCCGAUGACAACUCUAAAUACAAUAAAUAGAAAAAAAAAAUAAAAUUGUAAAAUCAUGAUCAAAUUUAUAACAUCAGUAUUAUUAGUUAUCAAAAGGAUGAUCUGAAAUGAAAUUAUGCCCCGUAAAGAAAAAACAAAUGCUAAAACAUGGGAACGAGAGCGAAGAAAUCGUAUGAAUUUAUAUUUCAAAAACUUGGGAGAUCUUUUGCCACCAAAUCAAGAAGGCAAAAACCGAAACAAAGUGGACAUUUUAAUCCAUGCAUCAAAGUACAUAAAAGACUUGACAAAUCGUACAGAAGAAUUGUUUCAUGCACAUGCAGUAGAUGCACACAAAGAAGAACUAAAUCGUCUGAAGAAGUUGGUGGCACAGCUUUAUUCACGGACCCAAUUACUAUCAGCUCUUCUAAAAGAUGCUGGAAUUACUGUGCCAGCAGAGCCUGCUUUAGAAAAAAUUUCUCCUUUGAAAUGGUCCAACAAAAUUAAUGUUGAAGAUGCUGAAAAAUAUUUAGAUCGAUUAAAAGAACGGUCUAAAGCAGAGAAACGUAAAAGUAAUUCAACUAAGCUAAAAUUACCAUCGAAGAGAAAAUCUGCAACCAAUUCUUCUACAUCUUUAAAAAAAUUAAAUAAUGAUAAAGAAGCUUUAAAUAACAAUAGUCCGGUAGAAGAUCAAGAAAAUCAUGUAAAUAGUAGCAAAGAUGAACGAGAAGAAUGUAAAAAUGACGUAGUAUCAACAAAAAAUCCUGAACUACGAAACAAUACAGACACGGUAUCGACAAAUGAACCCGAGACCUCUGAAAUUAAUGGUCCAAAAUCAUGUGCUGAAAUACGAAAAUUGGAAUCAAAAAAAAAAGUAAAAAGAAAAAAUAAAUAUGACGAAGAACAAACUAAGGUAAUCAGUAACAUAUCAGCAAUUAAAAAUCAAAAUCAGUCAAUUACUAAUUUAGUACCAGGAACUCUUAUAUUGUCAGGAGGAAAGAUAAUGCCUUUAAUCACGCCAUUAGCACCAAAUAUUUUGGUAAAUAGCGCAACUUCAUCUCCUAAUUCAAUUAUUCUUGGUAAUAAUCAAACAAAUCCUAUGAUCAUGAUGCAACCAUUAACAAAUCGAGUAUCAGAACCUGUUGUUACUGUUAAAAAUUCUAAUAUUGUUAAAUCUGUACAGAAAGUUACCUUAAAUACUGUGCCUAGUAUACAAACGACUGUAGGAAUAAAUUCACAUGAUUGGGUAUCAAAUGUAAAAUCAAUUAUUGAAGCAACUAAAAUUGGAGGUCGAAAAGGAAUUUUACCUAAAGGAAAAGGAAUUACUAAGACAACAAUGGCUUAUAAAGUUCCAAUCCCUGUAGUGCAUAGAGAAAUAAAAGCAAAUAAAACUAUAAAUAACAAUAAUUCAGAAAAAAUGGAAAAGAAAAAUAAAAUUAAAAAGGUCGUUAAACGAAAAAAAUCUGAUGAAAAGGAGAAAAAAGUAGAUAACAAUCAAAAAGAAACAGUGAAUGAUAUAGAAAUCAUGUCAGAAGAAUUUAGCAAAAAAAGAAAGAAAGAAAAUGAUUGUGAGAGCAAUAGUCCACCACCAACUAAAAUAAUAAAAAAUCUACCAGAAACGUGUGAAUCCAUAGAAAAUUUACGUCAUGUAGUCGAAAAAAUAGGUGAAGCAUCUGACGACAUGAUUGAAAAAAUAAAUGAUCAUGAAAAAUGUGAAAAUCAUUCUCUAAAUAAUCUCAAUGUAAAAUCAGAUAAUAAUUCUUCAUUAGGAGAAAGAAUCAAACAAGUUUUUUCAAUGCCUGAAGUUAAAAAAUCAGAUAACGAAAUAAAAGAGUGCUCUCUAAAUACAUUAAAGUUGAAAGAAACUGAGAGUGAUUUACAACAAAGAGUACAUCCAAUUAUUGAAGUUAAUAAGCACCAUAAAACUUCUAAAGUCUCUGAUGAAGAAUCUUUAUUAAUAAAAUCAACUGAAAUCGAUUCAAUAACAAUUAAAAAGGAUUCGAAAAUAUCUAAUUCUUUGUCUGGUGUUGAAAAAGUUAUUUCUAACGACGAUAUGGAGAAAGCAAAAGAAAUGUGCGAUUUGGAUACUAGAUUUGAUAGUCUUUUACAAACAGCUGAUGAACCUCAAGUAACAGUAACUCAAGAUACUUCAAUUAUUGGAGAUAGCACAAAAAUAAUUCUCAAUUUAGAUACAAAUACAACAACUACAAUGAAACCAGAAACCAGCCCACUUGCAGCGCAAUCUUUGAAUGAACCUCCAACUUCACCUUCUACAACAGAAGUUUCAUCAGAAGUGAUAUCUAAAGUGAGUGAUAAACUAAAAGAGAAUGUUCCUAAAACUCUUUCUUAUAAUACAGAAAAUAGUUUCAUUCCAAUUGGAAAUCGUCCGGAGACUUUACAUUCAGAUUUAUCAAAUGAUCUAUUUGCUUCUCUACAAGUCCCAUCUAGCUCUCACAAUCCUGAAUCUAUCUCGCCUACAGCCGCUUUUCUAAUGGCUUUUCCUUUAGUUUCAUCACUUAAUGGAAAGACUGAAGUAUUAGAGGAAGAAAUGAAAGAAGAUUUAAAAUAUCAUAGUCAAACCCCUCCAAUGCUUUUACAAAUUGGUGCAAUAGAACCUAAUAGUUUCAAAGUUAAAACAACUAUUAAUGAUGAUAAAUGUACUAUGAACGAAAAAAAUAUUAAAAAUACACAAUGUCAGUCUCAACAAGAGGUUAAAAAUAAUGAAGCUUCUUUAACAAAAGUAUUACCUAAAAUUAUUAAUAAUGAAACAUUCAAAGAACGAUUGUAUAAAGUAGUACCUUUUUCUAAACCUACAAUGUCUGGUAUCAUUAAUAGUUUUACAAACUCUUCAACAUCAACUACGUCUAAUAAUACAGAAAUGUCAACAUCUGAUGAUAAUAUAGUUAAAAAAAUAACUCAAUUAAACAAUAAUUCUACUAUAAAUCUCAUAACAUUUUCAACUAGUUGUGAAACUACAAACAAAAAAUUAUCUGAAAAAACUGAUACAACUUUAAAUAAAUAUAAUAAUCAAUCAGAACCAUCAUCUGAUGGUGAUAUAAAUAAGUUAGCUAAAUUUACUACUACUACUACUACUACUACUACUACUACUACUACUACUACUACUACUACUACUACUACUACUACUACUACUACUACUACUACUACUACAACGACUAAUGAUAACAAUAACAGCAUUAAUAAUUCAAAAUAUCCAUCUUUACCUGAAUGUCUACCAAAUUAUUCAACAUUCACUGGUUCCAGUGAAAAUUCAAUGCUUCCAAUAGACAAUUCUAAAAUAUAUCAACAUUCGAUUACUGUAACAAGUCAAGAAUAUCAGCCAAGAAAUUUGAAUGAAACAUCUUCUCAAAGCGUUCAGUACCAAUUUCCUUCCCAAGAUUCACAAAAAGUUUAUGGUGAAUCCCUUGGUACUCAAAAUAAUUAUGUAAUGUCAAAUAAAAAUUCUCAACUACCAUACCAUGAAUAUUCUAUGGGUCACAAUAAAAGUACUGCAUCAACUUUAAAUCUAACUUCAUCACAAUUAACAUCAAGAUCGUAUAUUGAAUCCCGAAAUAACAAUAAUUUAUCUUCAACUUUAACAAACAAAAUUUCAACUGCUGAAAAUUCUUAUCAAGGAUUUCUAUCAAUGCAAAUAUCAAAUAAAGAACAAGAAAAUUUAAAUCAGAAUUAUCCUGUACAAAGCAAACAAACAUCACCAAUGAACUCGUUUAUUCCAACGAGCUCAACAGAUCAAAGAAAUAAAUUACCAAAUAAUAUUCGGACCAAAACAUCAAAUCAAGACAAUUCACCAGUUGAAACAUCAGUCAAUUCUUCUGUAAAUAAAAUCAGUCCUGAACAAUUUGUACACACGAAUAAUUUCUCGUAUGGAACCAAAGAUUCUAAAUCAAACAAUUUAAUUGAUGGAAUGUUUCAAGACAAACGAAGUGAAUUACAAUCUUACGCUUCUUAUCCUAGAGGAGAACAAAAAAAGAUUUUUGAUGGAUCAACUCCAUCGAAUAUUCAAAUUAGUAAAUCUCAUAAUCAAACUUCCUCACUUUCUCGAUAUCCAAAUCAACUUCAACAACAAUCCCAACAUCAAACAUUUGUAGCAACAUCUAAUUAUAGUCAAAGUAGUGUAACAGAUAAUUCAGCAAAAUCAACGACAACUGUUGCACACAAUUCGUCUAACUUUAGUAUACUUUCUUGGACAACGUUUUCACCGAUUGGUGGUGGCACUAGUAACAAUAAUCUCGUUCAGUUUGAGUCUGGAACAGAUCAUGUGGAUGAUACGGAAGGGAAAACUAUUUGUGAAAAUUUCAAUUAUACACCCCUCCAUAAAGAAAAUGUUGGAUUUGGCAAUAUCUUGCCCAGUGAAUCUUUUGCUAGUGAUUCAACUCUUCAAGGUGUUGAUAAAUCAAAAAGUAAAUCGAAUCAGAAGCAACAGCAAUCAUUUGAUGAUACUUCAAAGAAUAAAAAUAAUAUUCAAUCAGUUACUAGUCAAGAAAAAUCCAAUCGAAACCAUAAUCCUAAUAUAAAUGAAGAAUUUAAAUAUAAUAAUGUAAGUGACAACAAAAAUAAAAGUAAAUUUUUGAUGGAUUCAUCAUAUACGCAAACAGAAUAUGCAAAUCUUGAUCAACAACGUCACCAACAUAUAACUAAAAAUCAUCAAAUUGUUACAUCUAAAUCUGAAAAAACAGGUUAUUCUGAAUCUGGAUAUGAUUCUCAAGUUCCUUUUGAUAUUGGUGAUACUAUCACGCAAUCAAAAUGCUCUGAUAUUUAUCCAGGAACGAAUUACAAAUAUAAUUCUGAUAAAGAACAACAUUCUCAAAUAAAAUAUCAAUCAAUUCUCCAAACUCAAGCAUCAACUCUUCAUCAUGACAAUUCAUUUAAUGCUACAAAACAACAACAGUCUAAUGUAAAUAAAAAAUCUGCUAUUCAACAGCAACAACAAGCAAUACGUCCACCAGUUAAUUGGAUGAUGACUCCAGAAAUUAAACACAACACUAAUAUUUCUGAUCUAAUUCUUCCACCUAUUGGUAAAGAAUUAGAAUAUUGUCAAAAUAAUAUUUUUAGUCAGGCUUCGUCGUACAACCAAACUGCAUCAAAUCAAUUUUAUAAUAAUUAUGAAGUUUCUGUGACAGGUACAAACUUUUCUAAUGUUUCUACACUUCAAAAUGAUUCUAGAAGAAUUGCUGAUGGAUUUUAUCCAGAAGAUCAGCCAUUCUCUUGGUCACCAUCAAAAAAUCCUCAAAGUUCUGAGCAUUCACAAGUAAUGAAAUCAAUAGAGCAGCAAGUAGUUCCAUCUACUUUACCUACUCUUGUCGGAGAUUUAGCACUAGGCACAAAUCUUUCAGAGAAACAAAGUUUUUUGUACGGACAAAUGCCAUCACGAUCUAGUAAUGACUUAUCAAAAACAUCGACUAAAGAAAAAGAACCGGUCGCAAAUAGAGAUUUUCACGCGAUGUUAAAUACUCAAAAUAUUCAACAUGCUGCUCAAGGAACAUCAUUUUUAUCAGUAAGUCAACUUGUAGAACAUGAAAAAGCUGAAAAAUCUCAUCAACAAACAAAUCAAAAUGCACAUCACCAUCAUAAUCAUCAUCAUCAUCAUCAUCAACAACAUCAACAGCCUUCACAACCUCAAUCGAGAAAGCAUCAAAGAAAAAGUAAUACUAGUCCACGAUCGGCUGCUAAAAGACAAAUAGAUAUGAGAAAACAAACGAGUGAUCAACAAUUACAGCAUUCUGAUGAUCAAAAAGUGUCAUCUUCUCACGGAUAUAAUGAUCAUUCUUAUCAGCACUCACAGGCUUCAAAGUAUCAUCAAAAUGAUGUUUCCUGGCGAAAUAGAAAUUGUAAAAGUAAUUAUACUGCUGAGGCAUUAAUUGGUGUUAAUAACACAAGUAUUCAUGAUGGUGUUAGCUCUGAUAAACAACUUCAUACUCCUACUAUUAAAUUUCCUACUGAUUAUCCACAGAACAAAUUUUCUAGUGGAUUGUCAACAGAAAUGGUUAUGCCACCGAUUAAUUAUUUAGCCAAUCCAGAAGAUGGAAAUGGGUAUGGGCAAGUGAUGAAUCAAAAUUUUAAUCAUUCAUCUUACACCUACUCUCCGAACGCAAAUAUUUAUCCUAGUACUAACUUUAUGACUGGAAUUUCAAAUACUCCUAGUAGUUAUAUGAUGCCACUUCAUGAUAAUCCGACUGAUUAUUUAGAGACAAAUUCAUUUCUUUUACCGAAUGUCAACAAUGUUACUGUCACAUCUAAAUCUGUUACAAACAUAUCUACCAGUAUUUCAUCUUCCACAACAACUAGAACAACUUCAUCUACCAUUAGUGGAACAACAAAUGUUAAAAAUCAUCAUCAGUAUGGGGGAAAUAAGCAUCCCACGUGUGAUAAACGUAAUUCUUAUUCUGCUGUUUCAAAAAAAACCAAGAGAAAGUCUGAUUCUACUAUGCAUAAUUUAGACUUUCCAAUUGCUGGUGUUUCUACAUCUAUGGAAGAUUAUCAUUCUCAUACGCAUCAUCAUCAUCAUACUCAUACAUCAACAUUCUUACCACCACCUCCACCUCCACCACCGCAUUCAAAUCCCUUAUAUCAAAACCAUUCCCAUCCAUCGACUGUAAGUUUGCCGCCAAAUUCUAAUCGUCGAGGAAGCUCCAGUAGUAACUCAGCCGUUAUGACUCAUCAUCCAUCGGGUACAAGUCUCACAAAUUUUAAUUUAAGCACUAUUUUUCCGGAAAUUAAUGAUAAGGUACCAGGAUACAAACCACCUAAUGUUAUUGCUCCAGGUUUGUUGCAAACAACUAAUCAUUCAUCUUUAAGUUAUUCUCAACGUGUAAAUUAUCCCGCAAAUAAUUCCCUUAGUCAUGUGACCCAGACUUCAGAGGGAGGACAAUUUACGAGUGAUUUACCAGCACCUCCCAGUGUUCUCCAUUAUAAAACUUGAUAAAUUACUCCGUAGCAUGUGAUGUUGUUUAAUUCAUGGGUUAUUACAUGACUAAUAAUCCAAUAAUUAUUGAUCCGUGUAAAAAAAAAGAACUAUCUUUGUAUAUAAAUCAUUUUAUGUAAAAAAAUA